AGCGCGCGCUGCGACUCCACAUGCCCGAUCUGAGUUCCUACACGUCUCCUCAUUCGAACGGAGAAAAAGACAAAUCCGGUAACGCUGGAACACCGAAGGUAAAGGCUGACCCGAUGUCGGUGGUUAAACAGAAAACACGAAUAGCGAUUCUGGCUCUUCCAGCACAGCACUGCUGAACGCCAGAUUCUGAUUGGUCAGAAGGUGUUGUGUAAUUUUGCUGAUAGUCGUGCAGCUGCAAAUCACAGGUUUGCAUCAGAAUACGUUAUCGUUUCUAUAGAAGCGGGUCACGGCUCGGUGCGUUGAAUGGAAACUUGCGAACGUUAGCAAGCUGCUGUGGUACAACAGAAAAGAAACGCUGACAUUAUAUAGGGAAAUAAUCCACGUCGAGGUGGAGUAGCUCCACUUCAUCACGCGCGCCACCUUGCUGUUAAUUAUUUCUUUUCCUUAAACAGCUCAAGAACGCUUUGUUCCUUAUGUCCUCAUUAUGUCCUUAUCUUGACACCAGUUUGUCCAGGUGAACUAAUGAUUAUGCUUGCAAUCGCUGUAACUUGGAAAAUUGGCAGGAACUGGAAUAACAUUUCUCACCAAAGAUGAUGAGAAGAGAAGAACAGUGAUCGGUUUAAUAUGAAGAUGAAGAUGAGAUGAGGCAUUUUCUCAUGAUUAUGGGAGAAGAGCCCAUGAAUACAUCUAAAGGUUUUUCACGGAGAUCUCCACUCCCUCAGCCAUCAAGCCCCAUAUCGGCCCCGGUCCGCAAUUCCCCUAAAGCCAUCUUCCCGUACCACCAGGACUCGCCUCCUAAAUCCCCCCACCGUCUCAGCUUCAGUGGUAUCUUCCGCUCGCCAUCUAAUCCCUCCAGCAUCAAGAUCUUCUCCAGAACCCGGAAAGUGUCUGGGCCCCUGUCUCCACCCACCACGCCCACUCACAGCUGCAAUCCUCCGCUUUUCUUACCCGAUGAGAGGCGACUGCGCUCGCUCUCGUCUCCACCUGACACGGGCCUUCAGCGCUUCAGUCUGGCUUCACCAAGCUCCACCUCCUCUAGCCCCAGCCCUGUCAGAUAUAGCCCCUCCCCUUUACACAUCAGGUCCGCCUCCCGUCCAGUGUACGGUUCAACUGAAGGCAUGUUGGAGAAACUGGACCUCAGUAAUGAUGAGCCGGGCUGUGAUAUCUACACACGCUUUAUGAAGUGCCACAAGUGCUAUGACCUCAUCCCGACCAGCUCAAAGCUAGUCGUCUUCGAUACGACACUACAGGUCAAGAAAGCGUUUUUCGCUUUGGUCGCUAACGGAGUGAGAGCUGCUCCACUGUGGGACACCAAAGAGCAAAGCUUCGUGGGAAUGCUGACUAUCACAGACUUCAUCAGAAUUCUGCAUAGAUACUACAAAUCACCUCUCGUGCAGAUAUACGAGCUGGAGGAGCACAAGAUCGAGACGUGGCAAGAACUCUACCUGCAGGAAACAUUCAAGCCCCUGGUGAGCAUUUCACCUGAUGCAAGCAUAUUUGAUGCGGUUUAUUCCCUCAUCAAAAAUAAGAUCCACCGUUUGCCCGUGAUCGACCCGGUCUCAGGGAACGUCCUCUACAUCCUCACACACAAGCGGAUCCUCAAGUUCCUGCAGCUGUUUGUGUGUGAGAUGCCCAAGCCGGCCUUCAUGAAGCAAAUGCUGAGCGAGCUGGGCAUCGGCACGUACGACAACAUCGCCUUCAUCCAGCCGGACACGCCCAUUAUCAAAGCACUAAGUGUGUUUGUAGACAGGAGAGUGUCAGCGCUGCCCGUCGUCGACAACACUGGAAAAGUCGUGGAUAUUUAUUCCAAAUUUGAUGUCAUAAACCUGGCGGCAGAGAAGACGUACAACAACCUGGACACGAGUGUGACUGAGGCGCUGAAACACCGCUCGGAGUACUUCGAGGGAGUGAUGAAGUGCGGACGACAUGAGACCCUGGAGACCAUUGUCGACAGGAUCGUUAAGGCCGAGGUGCACAGGUUAGUGGUGGUGGAUGAAAACUCCAACAUCGAGGGCGUCAUCUCUCUAUCGGACAUCCUCCAGGCUCUGGUUCUCUCCCCUGCAGGCUUAAGCAGGAAGGAGGAUAGAAUGGAAGGCAGAGAGGGCACGUAGCGAAUGUUACACGAGUCUGAGAGAGACGUGGCUUCGACUCGACAUGCUGCGCGGACAGACUUCAUUGUGAUACACUGUGUAAUAUUUGUAACGUUUGUCCUGCUGUACUGUACCCUGCUCUGUUUUACGGGCUCAGUUGCUGCUCCGUUUCACCGUUUCUAAGGACACUACAGGGAGAUCAUCUCGUACGCCACGUGGGUCGAGUCGUCUAAGGCGGAAACCUGCUGAAAUUUAAGGUGGAAACCUGUUGAAAUUUAAGGUGGAAACAUCACCAGCGUUUCAUUUUCCGGAUCGGAGAAAUCCUUUUCGACAUCUUAAGUUGCUUUUUAAGCAUUUUUUUUGUAUGCAAAAAUCGUUAGCUGGACGUCUUUUAGCUGAUGUACCUACCGUAACCAUGACAACGCUGGUACGUCUGCCUUCUGAUUGGACAGGCUUAUCAACUAACCCAUCGAUAUAGAUUUGUAACUCGAAAGAAUCGAAAUCGUCCUAUUUCGUUUGUCAACACAUCUGACCUAUCGUAAAUCUAGACUAAUUUACACGUGGGUUUUUUUUUUUCUUUUCUUGUUCUUCCAGGACUCUGUCCUCCGUGUUGGUUUUUCUUGCUCGCCCCAUGAGCUGUGACCUGAUUGGUCAGGAAAUUAAAAAGAGGUGUAACGCAGCUGCUUUUAUUAAAUAAAUAAAAAAAGCGCGAUAAACAGGGGUCCAACCCGCCCCACCAAAAAAAAACACGGAGGACAAGUGCUGGUGAAAAACGAGCGAAUAGACGUUUCAACUGUACAACAUUUUCAACUGGAAAUACUUUAUUGCCGACGUUCUAACGUUUUGCUCGGAGCUCGGUUGCAAGUCACACAACUUAAGCUGUCUGAGAGUUUUUGCAAAAAAAUCUGCUGUGCCUUUAACGUAUAAAGACAAUUGAAUGUAUGAAAUCCUUUAUCUUGCUAUUAAUCCCUCGCUGAUAAUCAGACGAUCCGAUCUACCGUGACCAUCAAGCUGCACAAUACUAUUAUAAUGGACACUUUAAAAUGCAAAAAAAUCCCAUAAUAAUUCUGUUAAGAGUUUUAUUUUUAUUUUGUAUAGACGUUUGAAACAUCCCUGCUGAAAAAAUUAUUAUAAUCCUUAGGAAAAUUCUCUAAAUGGUUUCCAGUGCAUGACAGGAAUGAGCUUAAUGGUUUCCAACAUACUCCUCAAGAUUUCCAUUAAGGAGUUUCUGGUUGCUAUUAACAUCACCAGGCGCUGUGUUUCAUGGUCUUGAUGUGUGCCAUGAGAAACCAUUAGGAACGACGCAUUCCAUUAAACAGACCAACAGAAAUACAUUAAAGCUUAUUAGGAAUCAGUGGAAAUCGAUCUUGAUUGGGGUUUUUAAAAAGAUUUUUGAGGAUGUUUAGGUUGAAUAAGAUUUUCAGAUGAGUAAAGUUUUAAUAUUUAAUACAGUAUUGCGAUUCCGACAUGAACCAUGAUCAAAUUUGAAGUUAUUAUUGUCUGAUAUAUGGAGGUUUUGUAAGUUUCCUGUCCACUAUUUUCCCCCACAACUACACACACACACACAUAUAUAUAUAUAUAUAUAUAUAUAUAUAUAUGAGCUUUAUUUUGUAUAUGCUGAUUGUUUUUCAGAUUUUUUUUAACCAAAACUGUACAAACAAACGUACACAGUGUUCUCUUUUUUUUAGUCAAAUAAUAAAAGUUAGAUAAAUAAUCCAAAAACAAAGAAUAAAAGUCCGUCCCGGCCGAAAAUCUUUUCCGGAGACACGCCCACAUCUUUACAACGUUACAACGGUUACAGAAAAGAUUUUGGGUGAGAAGGACUCGACUACAUUCACAUAAAAGAGGAAAUGGUGUGGAUUUCAUUUUAUUUUGAUACGUUUCUAUUUUUAAAAAUGCUGCGUUGUUCAAUUCUGUUGUUUUGCGAGUGGGAAAUAGAUGCAUAUGUAAAUUAAUGCAAACGUAAAGGUUUUUUUGUGAUGUCUGGUUUCUGGUGAAACUGAGAAUGAGAAAGAAAUGUUCGAGUCGUUUUCAUGCACAUGGACGACGACACUAAUGUCGUAAUGUAAACGUUUUUUUUAUGAUGUAUUAACUUCAAAUACACGCACACUGCCUUCAUGUUUGUGUUUAGUGUUUGAUUUAUCAGUAAUUUAAAAAAUCAAAUAAUAAAAUAUAAUAAAUAAAAGUGAGGUUAUAGUUUAUAACAGGAGAUGUUAAUAAGUCGCUAUUGAUGAUUGUAUCGAUUUAAUACUAAAACUAUUGUAAUGACGGCUGUAUCCACUAGGUGGCAUCAUAGAAUUAUAUAACUUCCCUAGGCCUCCACUGCUGGAAGUCUCUCUUUAAAGCAAUUAAUUUGUAGGGAUAUGGCUUUUGACCUUUAUAGGCUCUCGGAUUUGCUAGAACAUAAAAACGAUAACGAUGCGUCAAAAUGAAAACUCUUGACUGAAACUGAAGAUGUACAAGUGAAAAUAAAUGUAUAAAUUGUAAUAAUUAAUUUAACCUUUUAUCAUUUGAAAAUAAUAACACAUUCAUCUUUAUACCUUUGAACCAUUUCUGCAAGAUCAAGUCGAUAUUUUCUGGCAUGAGUCAUUUUCCUGAUUCUCGCAGACUCUUCACUUCAUCCGACUGAGUUUCCUGCUUGAAAUAAGAAUGAACAAAGUGCACUUUCUGUCAAAAAUGGACAAACCAGAGCCUGUCAGACGGGGUGUGCAAACUUUUGCAUCAUGGUGAAUCAAAGGAGUCGACUCACAACAACUGGUUUACUGAAACGGGUUGUUCAAAAGAAUCUAAUCGGCAAUAUGAUUCGAUUUGAGGAAUCGGAGACAUGAGGAUUUGUUUGGGGGGUCGUUCCAGGCAGAAAUAGAGAGUGAGAGAGAAGCAUCCACCCUUUCACAUGUUCCUCACAGCGCCGGGGGAGUAUUUGAAGAACAGCGUGAGGUGAAUACUGAGGUGAGAAAGAACAAGAGAGACAGAGAGAGAGCACAAAGGAGAGAGAGAGUGGCAGAAAGAGAAACACAGAGAGAGAGAGGGGGGGAAACAGACAGACAAACAGGUGUGAGGUGAAUAUAGAGGAGAGGAGGAGAGAUAGAGACACAAAGGCACAUAGAGGGACAGAGAGAGAGAAAUACAGAGAGAAGGAGAUUGGAGCAAGAGACAGACAGAAAGAGGGAAAAAGGCAGAAAAAGAGAUGGAUACAGAGGGAUGGAUAGAAAAUAAGAUAGAAACAGAGAGAGAAGGAGAUUGAGCGAGACACAGAAAGAGUGAGAGAGAGGCAAAAAGAGGGAGAGAGAGAUGGAUAGAAAAGAAGAUAGAAACAGAGUGAGAGAGAGACAGACAGAGAAACAAGUGAAAUAAUGAAAGUGUGAAAGUUAUUACUGAAAUGAAUUAAUUGUUAUAAAAUUAAUAAAAAUGAAGAAAAUAAAUCAGGAAGCAUGAAUAAAGAAUGAAUAGUUUGUGGGCUGCUCUGUUUAAUAUAAUGCUUUUUCAUUUCUUUUUAAAUGUACUAUAAAAAAACAAAUAAGACAAAAUCAAGAAAAGGGGACUUUCUGAAGAAAUAAAGAGGGAAAAAUGAGAGAAAAAAAAAACCCCAAAACACAGAGGACGGAAAAAUGACUAAAUAAAAAUAAGAAAAAAAAAAAAACUAGGAAAACAAAGAAGAAAAUUAAUGAAAAAUCUGAAUUUAAUGACGAAAUCAAAAAUCAAGUAGUGAAACGGAAGAAAAGAAAAUCUUUCCAUUUUAAAGUAGUCGAAAAAUAAAACAAAAAGGGACUAAAAUUUGGAAAAAUAUUAAUAAAGUUCAGACAAAAUUUUUUUUAAUUGAAUAAUAAGAGGAAAAUGAAAAGAAAAUUAAGCAUUAAUAUUUAUGAUUAUUGUUCACUUUAAAAACAUAAUCAGACAGAGGUUUAAAAGAAAAAA